AUGGAGAACCAGGAACACCAAGUGGUCCAGGAUCUAAUGGAGAACCAGGAACACCAAGUGGUCCAGGAACACCAGGCUCACCAGGCCACCCAGGCGUACCAGGUGAACCAGGUACACAAAGUGGUCCAGGAACACCAGGAAGUCCAGGAAAUAAACCAUGCAAAGGCAAGCCAGGUUUGCCAGGAGGACCAGGAGUGCCAAGCAGCCCAGGAACACCAGGAUCAGGUGGUCAUCCAGGAACACCAGGCUCACCAGGAACACCAGGAGGACCAGAAGCACCAGGAGGCCCAGGAUCUAAUGGAGAGCCAGGAACACCAAGUGGUCCAGGAACACCAGGCUCACCAGGCCACCCAGGCGUACCAGGAGAACCAGGAACACCAAGUGGUCCAGGAACUCCAGGCUCACCAGGCUUACCAGGUGGCCCAGUAA